AAACAACAUGGCAAACCCAAAUGGCCUGCCGAAGGACUUCAAAACUGCUCUUCUGGUCUUAUACAUAUUCAUCUUUAUCUUUGGGACUCUGAAUGUUGUACUAAUGUCCUGUAUGCUACAGUCUCAAAGACAUCUCUCUUUCACCAAAGUGUCUGUGAUCAAUCUGAUAGCAGUGCACUCCUUUUUCCUUCUCACGGUGCCUUUUCGCAUUUACUAUUAUGCUUCUAACACAGGCUGGCCUCUGGGCAGUGAUUUCUGUAAAUUUGUCAGUCUUAUGAUCCAUGCCCACAUAUAUCUUGCAUUCAUCUUCUAUGUCUCCCUUCUAAUUGUGCGUUAUGUGGAGCUCUCUAAUCAGCGGCACAAGCUAGAGUUUCAUCGCACCCUUCAUGCCACGAUUGCAAGCGCAACCGUCUGGUUGAUCAUAUUUGGCUCUGUGUUCCCAACUAUUUCUAACUACGGAAAUAAUCAGAAUAACAGAGACAAACACACUGAUUCAACUCCGUGCUUUCAUUUCAGUAAGGCUCUGGACGAUCAUAGAGUGAAGACAUUAAACUAUGUUCUUUGUACACUAGUAAUACUGGUUUGGAGUGUGCUAGCAUUUUUCCAAGUUUAUUUUCUAAUCAAAGUGAUUAAGGCAUUUGGAAAGGUCACAUGUCAACGUCAAGAGUUCUGGGCACAAUUGAAAAAUUUUGUUUUGCUGUUGGUCGUGUUUUUUUGUUUUGUGCCUUAUCAAGGAUUCAGAGUAUAUUAUAACAAAACUGUCAAACCACCAGUGAUACAGCUAAUUCAGUGA